AUGACACCAGUGCAGCCAGAGGGCCCGGAGCACCCGGGGCCGGGCCUGGGCCGUGGAGGUUUCGGCAGCAGUCUCGGGGGCGCGGUCUUGGGCUGGGCCGAGGCUCUGGGACGCCUGGUCAAGAACACGAAGAUCAAGUCCCUGGAGGAGAUCUGUCUGUUCUCCCUGCCCAUCAAGGAGUCUGAGAUUGACUUCUUGGGCGCGUCCCUUAAGGAUGAGGUUUUGAAGAUCGUCCCAGACGGCCACCUCGGCCUGGGUGUCAAGUGCUCUAAGGAGGUAGCCACUGCCAUCCGAGGGGCCAUCAUCUUGGCCAAGCUCUCCAUUGUGCCUGUCCGGAGAGGCUACUGGGGGAACAAGAUCCGCAAGUCCCCUAUAAAGGGCACUGGCAUUGUCUCUGCCCCCGUGCCCAAGAAGCUGCUGCUGAUGGCUGGUAUUGAUGACUGCUGCACUUCAGCCAGGGGCUGCACUGCCACCCUGGGCAACAUUGCUAAGGCCACUUUUGACGCCAUCUCUAAGACCUACAGCUCUCUAACCCCCGACCUCAGGAAAGAGACUGUUCACCAGGUCUCCCUACCAGGAAUUCACUGA